CGCAUUUAAUGGAGCGAGAGCGCUGGCGGCGGCGGGCUCUAGUGUGGCCCAGCGCAGCAGACGAACUAAGCCAGCAUGUCUGGGACCCGAGCCUCCAACGACCGGCCUCCAGGCGCGGGCGGAGUCAAGAGGGGGCGGCUGCAGCAGGAGGCGGCGGCGACAGGCUCCCGCGUGACCGUGGUGCUGGGAGCGCAGUGGGGGGACGAGGGCAAAGGCAAGGUGGUGGACCUGCUGGCCACGGACGCCGACAUCGUCAGCCGCUGCCAGGGGGGCAACAACGCUGGGCACACAGUGGUGGUGGACGGCAAGGAGUAUGACUUUCACCUGCUGCCCAGUGGCAUCAUCAACACCAAGGCCGUGUCGUUCAUUGGGAAUGGUGUGGUCAUCCACUUGCCAGGCUUGUUUGAAGAGGCGGAGAAGAACGAGAAGAAAGGUCUGAAGGACUGGGAGAAGCGGCUCAUCAUCUCUGACCGUGCCCACCUUGUGUUUGACUUCCACCAGGCAGUGGACGGGCUGCAGGAAGUACAGCGUCAAGCACAGGAAGGGAAGAAUAUCGGCACAACCAAGAAAGGAAUCGGACCAACUUACUCCUCCAAAGCUGCCCGGACAGGCCUCCGCAUCUGCGACCUCUUGUCAGAUUUUGAUGAGUUUUCUGCCAGAUUCAAGAACCUGGCCCACCAGUACCAGUCCAUGUUCCCCACCCUGGAAAUAGAUGUGGAAAGUCAACUCAAAAGGCUCAAGGGCUUUGCUGAGCGGAUUAGACCCAUGGUUCGAGAUGGUGUCUACUUCCUGUAUGAGGCACUCCAUGGCCCCCCCAAGAAGAUCCUGGUGGAAGGUGCCAACGCAGCCCUCCUUGACAUUGAUUUCGGGACCUACCCCUUUGUGACAUCCUCCAACUGCACCGUGGGCGGCGUGUGCACAGGCCUGGGCAUCCCGCCCCAGAACAUAGGUGAUGUGUACGGUGUGGUAAAGGCCUACACCACCCGUGUGGGCAUUGGGGCCUUCCCCACGGAGCAGAUCAACGAAAUUGGAGAUCUGCUACAGAACCGUGGCCAUGAGUGGGGGGUGACCACAGGCAGGAAGAGGCGCUGCGGCUGGCUGGACCUGAUGAUCCUAAGAUACGCUCACAUGGUCAACGGCUUCACUGCGCUGGCCUUGACCAAGUUGGACAUAUUGGAUGUCCUGAGCGAGAUUAAAGUUGGCAUCUCCUACAAGCUCAAGGGCAAGAGGAUCCCCUAUUUCCCUGCCAAUCAGGAGAUACUGCAGAAGGUGGAGGUAGAGUAUGAGACCCUGCCUGGAUGGAAAGCAGACACCACUGGUGCCAGGAAGUGGGAGGACCUGCCCCCGCAGGCCCAGAGCUACGUGCGCUUCGUGGAGAAUCACUUGGGGGUGCCAGUCAAAUGGGUCGGCGUUGGGAAGUCCAGAGAAUCCAUGAUCCAGCUGUUCUAGAUGCCAAGCAGAAGCCAGCAGGCCACGCCGCA